AUGCAGCAGUUUGUAGUUCUUAACAUUUACCUUGAUACAGCAAAAACCGAUUAAUAAAAAUUCGAUACUUGUACAAAUAUCAAAGACAACACUGGGUUGUUAUGUGGUGUUACUUUUUUAAAAAAGAAUGUAUCAAGUACACCAAAUGAGGUAUGUACCAUUUCUUAUUUAACUAUAGCAACUUGUACCUAUAAUUAUACAAUAAAUGAAAAUACUGAUUCACUUAAGUUAAGUCAAUAUUCGAAGUUUGUUACUAAUAUAUUUCAGGAACUGCAUGCAUAUUCAAAACUGGUGAAACGAAGUGUACUUUAUAGAAUAGUUGUAUAAAGUUAAUUACCUAAGUUUAUUCAAAAACCUAUAAUGUUUAAAACAAUUUUUUCCUCUGAGGAAAAUGUGAAAGAGUGA